AUGAGCGAAUGCCAACAUGUUGGUAUCGGUAUUGAUAUAGGCUCAUCGAGUGCUAGAGUUGGCAUAUAUAAUUAUCACGAUAAUGUUUUGUUAGAAAUGGCACAAGAACCAGUACCAUACUACCACGAUUCUUCAAGGAAAUCAUGGAAGUUUUGGCAAAAAUCAACUGAAAUAAUUAAAGCACUUCAAAACUGCUUUCAAGAGUUAAAAAUUAACCAAUAUAAAGUUAGAUCGUGUGGUGUUUCCGCAACAUGUUCGUUAGCUAUCUUUCAAAAAGAUCUUACAAACGAUACAUUGAUACCUUAUCCCAAUGAAGAUAAUGUAAUAUUUUGGAUGGAUUCUUCCGCAGUGGAUGAAUGUCAAUGGUUAAAUGCAGAGUGUUCCCAACAGCUUUUGGAUUAUUUGGGUGGGAAGUUCAUACCCGAAAUGGGAAUUCCCAAACUGAAGUAUUUCUUGAACGAACACUCCCAUAAGCAAGACAAGCAAUUUCAUGUCCUUGAUCUGCAUCAAUAUAUUGCAUAUGAAUUGGGUCGCUUAUACCAUUGGAGCACUGAUAAAAUUUCCGUACGGGAAAACAAUAAUGGAAUAGGCAAUGAUGGAGAGGCAUCUGGUUGGUCAUCGUCCUUUUACAACGACAUUAUAAAAUUGCCUUCAAAUGUAACAAUUGGUCUCGCAGGUCUUAAUUCCAACAACUCGUCCUCGACAACUACGGUUCGUAGCUGUAUCGACAGUUAUGCGAGUUGGUUUGCAGUUUCUUCCCCAAAUUUGGAGGCUUCAUUGUUUAUGAUAGCCGGUACUUCCACAUGUUACAUGUAUGGCUCUCCCAUCACUACUAAAAAAAUUCCUGGAGUAUGGGGACCCUUUGAUACUAUACUUGAAAGCAAUGGUAACUAUUCUGUCUAUACUGCUGGUCAAUCAUGUACUGGUAAAUUGAUAGAGCAUUUGUUCAAAAGUCAUCCGGCUGCCAGAGAAAUACAAAAGAGUGGCGAGGAUAUUUAUCAAGUAUUGGAAAAAUCCAUUCAGGACAUUGAAAAGAAAAACUGCAAAUCAAUUCAUAUCCUAGCGAAACAUAUGUUCUUUUAUGGUGACUAUGAGGGAAAUAGGACGCCCUUUGCAGAUCCACAAAUGAGAGGUUCAUUCAUCGGCGAAUCCACCGAUACUUCAAUUUUAAAUCUUACAUACAAAUAUGUUUCUAUGCUAGAGUUCUUGUCAUUUCAGACAAAAUUAAUUAUUGAUACUUUUCAGUGUCAAAACUCAGAUGUAAGAAUUCAAGAAUUAAGAGUAUCUGGUAGCCAAGCAAAGAACAAAAGAUUGCUGUCUUUGAUUUCACUGGUUAAUGACGGAAUAAAAAUUAAGAGGCCAAAUGAGAAUAUUGAUCUGAUGGGUGUAAGGGGUGCUUAUAUAUUAGGAAAAUCUGCUAACGAAAAGAAGCAGAUUAUCGACAUUAUAAAGGAGAGGGAUAUCAAUGACGACAGCGAGGAGUUCGCACCUUUUAGUGCAUACCUAGCUGGAAAUAAUAGUACAAUGGUAAAAAGAUUACUUUGUACUAAAUAUAAUAUACACUUGGAUAUGGCAAAACAACAGCAACAAUACCACAAGCUUGUCGACGAAGCUCUGAGCGUUACAAUCAACUAA